UGACUUGAAAACGCACCAAACCACCGACAACACAAUAUCGUCAGAUCGCGCGCCUUAUUUAAUCUUCACACGCUUACGGCGUCCGAUUUACGUGGGUGUGCUGAUGCAUCGGGGACGGGUAUCCAACGAGCCGAAAGGCACAAGGAGAGCGGGUGGAUAGUUCAACGUUGCUGUUGGGGGGGCGGUCGCGAUGGCCAUGGAAGAUGAGGACGGUGGUGGCGGAAGCGAUACGCCACCGGUGGAGGUUAUGAUGGAGCGGCGUCGGCGACCUGGCAGAGAACAAUGGUCAAACAAAACGGAUUUUCUGAUGUCGGUCAUAGGAUUUGCCGUGGACUUGGCUAAUGUAUGGCGGUUUCCUUACUUGUGCUAUAAAAAUGGUGGUGGGGCAUUUUUAAUACCAUAUUGUACCAUGUUGUUGGUUGGAGGAAUUCCUUUGUUCUACAUGGAAUUAGCCCUUGGGCAAUUUUAUCAAACUGGAGCAAUAACAUGCUGGGGUAGGCUAGUUCCAUUGUUCAAAGGCAUUGGAUAUUCUGUUGUUUUAAUCGCGUUUUACGUGGAUUUUUAUUACAAUGUCAUUAUUGCUUGGGCGUUGCGAUUUUUUUUGGCUUCAUUUACGGACAUUUUACCUUGGACAACCUGCGAUAACGACUGGAAUACAAUUUUUUGCCAACCACUAACGAUAUGGUCAAAUGAUUCAAGCUUAAACUCUGUAGAUAAUGUUACAUUAUUAGCAAAUGAUUCUCGUUUAGCGUCUGCUUCUUCGGAAUACUGGCUACGUAAAGUACUUGAAUUAAAUCAUAGCGAAGGUAUUCAUGAUUUGGGUUAUAUUAAGUGGGAUAUGGCAGGGUGUUUAUUUUUGGUUUAUCUAAUAUGCUACUUCAGUUUGUGGAAAGGAAUAUCUACAUCAGGAAAAGUUGUAUGGUUUACUGCAUUAUUUCCAUACGUAGUCUUAAUUUUCUUACUCAUAAGAGGAAUUACUUUACCUGGUUCAGCACAAGGAGUGCGUUAUUAUUUAUAUCCAAAUUUUUCAAUGAUCGCUAAACCCGAGGUUUGGGUAGAUGCAGCAACACAAGUUUUUUUUUCACUUGGUCCAGGAUUCGGAGUGUUAUUAGCAUAUGCUUCGUAUAACAAAUACCAUAACAACGUUUUAAGGGAUGCAUAUUUGGCGAUAAUGUGCAAUUCGAUUACUAGUUUUUUAUCGGGUUUCGUUAUUUUCACCGUAUUGGGUUAUAUGUCUCAUGUUUCUGGUCGCCAAAUCCAACACGUGGCCACUGAAGGACCGGGUUUGGUGUUCAUCGUAUAUCCUGCUGCAAUAGCAGCUAUGCCAGGAUCUGUAUUUUGGGCCUUGAUAUUCUUCAUGAUGUUACUCAAUUUGGGCCUCGACAGUUCGUUUGGUGGAUCGGAAGCCAUCAUUACUGCGAUGAGUGACGAAUUUCCAUUAAUCAGACGUAAUCGAGAAGUAUUUGUAGCAUUAUUGUUUCUACUGUACUUUGUGGUUGGUCUUGCAUCGUGUGCUCAAGGUGGAUUUUACUUUUUUAACUUACUUGAUCGCUACGCCGCUGGAUAUUCUAUGCUUAUUGCUGUAUUAUUUGAAACUAUUGCUGUUUCAUGGAUCUAUGGUGUUGAUCGGUUUUGCGAUGACAUUAAAGACAUGAUGGGUCAUAUGCCUGGCAUUUAUUGGAGAUUCUGUUGGCGUUUUGCUGCUCCGUUGUUUUUUAGUGUUUAUCAUAGUGUAUGGACUUUUGGGAUAUGAACCAUUAACAUAUGAAGGUUAUGUGUAUCCAGCGUGGGCAAACGUACUUGGAUGGAUAAUAGCUGGCAGUAGUGUCGCAAUGAUUCCAGCGGUAGCAU